CAAGUUUACCAGGUCCAAAUUCCACUGUUCACACUGGACAUUGGGCACCAGAGCACACAGCUCCUCCCGGUCCAAAGCCAACCCAAGGUUGUUGUAGCUCAGGUCCAGCUCCGUCAGGUGGUGGGAGCCCUUUGCCUUCAGAGCAAAGGUCGACUGGUGAAACCAGGUGGGAGGAGCAUGUUUGAGUCUGUCUGUGGCUUCAUCCACACAGGUGUUUCAGGUGAUUGUCCGGAUGCCCAUCUCUUCAUCACUGCACCACAGAAGAUACAAGCACUGACAGGAUCAUGUGUGUGGAUUUUCUGCAGCUUCGAACCUGUGACCACUGAGGAGACGUUAUCCGGCGUGUGGAUCAAAAAGAACCCCCAGUUUGACCAAAAUCCCAACAUCGUGAUCUUCAACAGCACCAAUAAAAAAAACAUCUACAGCGGUGAAAUAAGAGGAAACCUGAAGGAACAAAACUGUAGCACAGUGUUUUACAACGUACAGACAAACUUCACCGACAAAUACUUCUUCAGGAUUGAGAGCAAGUCAUUCAAGGCAACAGCUAGUUGUAAUUCUGUUUACAUCAAUGUUACAGAUUCUCCUCCAAGCCCCACCCUUGAAAUACCACCAGAUCUGAAGGAGAACGAGUCUGUGACUCUUACCUGCUCAGCUCCCACCCCCUGUCCUGGCUCCGCCCCUCGACUCACCUGGCAUCUCCAACAGGACUCUCCCAACGAGAUAAAGAAAAACCCGAAUGGAACCUUUACGACGAGAAUCAAACGCACCUUUAUUUUGUCGGACAGAGACGACGGACGCAGCGUCGGCUGUUCUGCUGUGUAUCCUGUGAAUGAAGGACAAGAGAGGACAGUGGAGAAGAACGUGUCUCUCAGUGUUUCAUAUGCACCCAAGGACACAGUGGUGUCCAUCAGCAGGUCAGAAGGUCACCAGGUGAACAUGACCUGCUCCAGCAGAGCCAAACCUUCUGUCAGCAGAUUCUCCUGGUUCAAGAAGAACCUCGGCAGAGACGUGGAGGUGGCUGAAGGAGCUGAUCUCAGCAUCACAGAUGGAGGCGUUUAUUUCUGCGAGGCCUUCAAUGCUGUUGGUCAGCAGAGGUCAGCAGAGAUCCAGCUCACAGAAAAAUCUCUAGUGUGGAAACUGAUCGUCGGAGGAAUCAUUGGGUUUGUACUUCUCGUUUGCGUCGUCAUCUUUGUUUGUUAUUGGAAGUCCAAACGUCCAUCUGUCCCUCAGACUCUGCGUCCAGCAGGUGGCGUUCACGUCGACCCACAGUCAGACGGAGAAAACAUACAUUACGGAGAAAUCGACUUCUCCAAGUGGAGACAUGAGGCGUCCUCCUCGCUCGUGCCACAGGACGGGGGACAAAAGCAGGACACGGUGUACGCGCAGGUCAACACGUCCACGUCCACUGAAGGCCACGAGGACAUCUACGCUCAAGUGAAGAAAAACUGAGCCAUGUUUGGUUUUUGUGAAGUCAAAACUUAGUUUCAUACAAUUCAUGUGAAAUAUGCUUUUAUUUUUAUUCAAACAUGUCUUUUUUUAAGGCUUUUUUCUGUAUUAUUCCUUUAAUCUACUGUAAUUU